GGGGGAGGUGGGAACUAUGCGGCUCCUGGUUGGCUGCUUGCGGGCUCGGUCCCGAGAGCCUUUGUCGUGCGUAUGUACCUACCUAAUGUAAGUUGUUUGGGUUUGGUCCGCGGCGGGCGGACGGCACGUCCCCAGCUUGAGAUCCGAGACAUGAGGUAUGGUACAUGGGCAAACAAGGAAUGCUGCGGGUCGGGGUUGAGGGGGGUUUUUCUAAGAGCGGAGGGUGUGACGGAGCACUGAGGAUGGACUUUUCUUGUCGGGGUUUUGGAGUGCUGCUGGGUUUGGGUAGAGGUAUGGCGUCGGUGGCAGAGAUGCUGGUCCUUGCUUGCUGUAAAAGAAGAUGGAGGGUCGCUCGUUUUUCUUUCGGUUGAGGUUUCUUGUCUUGCUUUUGCUCUUGCGUGUCGCUGCUUUCGCCCUAAUUGCUUUCGAAUUGAAAUCUUCGAGGUUGAGAUUGACAUACAUACACACAUGACAGGGCUUCGUGUGUUGCUUGAUGUGGUCUCGUAUCGAUGCUCGUAUGAAUGAUCUGAUAAGAUCAGACCAUAUUAUUAAGAUUUGGCUGGAUUGAUUGAUUGAUUGAUCGAUUUAAUAUUGGGUUAUUGCCGGGAGUCGCACGUCGCUAUGAAGGUGUCAGAUGUUUUGGGCUUAUGUCUCGCUUUAGCGGUUCAAGCAAAUGCUCAAUUCCCGUACUUCGAGGCUGGUGACGAUGGUGAAGGCAUCACAUGGGGAGGCUGGGGUAGUGGAGGCGGAAGUGAUGGCGGCGAUUCUUCAGGGGGAUACGGCUCCUCGUCCGGCACAGAUAGCGGCUUCGAUGUGUACCCAGACUUCGACGUCGAGAAGGUGGUGAAUUAUGGAACAGCCCACGGCGUGAUGGCAGCCCUAUGCUUCGCGGUAUUAUUCCCAGCCGGCGCAAUCCUCAUGCGCAUCAUCUCAGGCCGCCACGCUUGGUGGAUACACGGGGUAUUUCAGGUCAUCGCCUACUUCCUAUACAUCGCCGCCGCGGGUCUCGGAAUCCAGCUUGUACAGAUGAUAAAGAUCCCAAACGGGUCCAGCUUGUUAGAAAUGUCCUCAACGAACGCACACCCCAUAAUCGGCAUCGUCAUCCUCGCCGUCCUCGCCCUCCAACCACCCCUCGGCGUAAUCCACCACUCGAAAUUCAAACGUCUAGGCCGCCGCACCGCAUACUCCCACCUCCACCUAUGGAUCGGCCGACUGACCCUAACCCUGGGCAUAAUAAACGGCGGUCUAGGCCUUCGACUCGCGCAUGCAGAGAAGGGCGUCAUCAUCGCGUACUCCGUUGUCGCGGGGCUCAUCUGGCUGCUAUGGCUCCUCGUUGCCGUGCUAGGCGAGUACCGUCGACGCAGCGUGAGUCGUGGACAGAACCGCGGGAGGGGUUCGAGUGUUGAGACGCGCGCUUAUGUGGCGGAUCUGCCACCACCGCGUGGUGGUAUGGGGGUACCGCAGGCGAUUCCGUCAGCUAGGGAGACGAGGAGAAGGAAUCGUGAUGGUGGGUAUGAUGGUGCGGCGGGCUAUGAUUAUAAUCGGUAUAGCCAUCGCCAGAACGGGAGCUCAGACGAUCCGAGUCCCCCGUAUACCCCCGGCCCGUUGCAUACCGUGCCGCCCGGGUAUACGGGUGCGGUUGAGGGUGUGGAGAUGAGGCCGGUGAAGAAUUCGACGAGGGGGAGCGGGUCGAUGUCCUCGUUUUCGUCGGGGGUGCCAAGGGAUGAGGAUUAUAGGGUUUGAGAACGAUGAGAAGGGAUUGAUUGGGUGUGGGGAUGAUGGGAAAAGGGGUAGUGGGUCCGAAAAGGGGGCGAGGUAGAGGGGUUGUAACAGUUGAGGAAGGUUUACCGACGACUUCGACAACUUGGUGCCCUGGGAGGUAUCAAUUGGAUGAAUGAACUUGGUAUAUUUUCCAGGUAGAUGGGGAUAUAUAUAAUGUUGCCUCGGUGGUAUUUUAUUAACGGAGAAGAUUAGAUGUCGAAAAUGUGGUUUACUCAUAUAUUUUAACGAUUCUGUUUUCUCCUCUAGGUACGUGUCGAUGUUUUCAUAGGUGAAAAGUCAUCAUAUAUGACAUGGCCGGUGUAGGGAAUGUCGGUAUUUUCCAUCACGAGACAUUAUAUAGGGUUGGAUACAUACAAUACCUGUCUGUAUGUUCAGGUCAAGCCCCACUGACACUCGUGGCGGGGGGAUCUUGACGACCUAGCUAAGAGUAUCAAGUCAGAUGCAC